ACUUGGGACCUUGCACUUGCAAGGCAGGCAGCAGAACCACUGAGCUACAUCCCCGGCCCUCUGUAUCACUUUUAUUCGAAAUCACUUUAAAAGUUGAGGAUGGGGCCAGGGAUGUAGCUCAGUGUCACCAUGCCUGCCUCGCAAGUGCAAGGUCCUGAGUUCAGUCUCGGGUACCGCAAAAAAAAAAAAAAGUUGAGGCUGUAGUUCAGUGGUGCUGCACUUGCCUCACAAGUGCAAGGUUCCCAGUUUAAUCCCUGUUAUCGAAAACAAAAAUCCCUUUAAAAGGUCGUUCUCAAAGCUACUGAGUGUGUCUCCUUCAGUCGUCACUGGGCCUAGGCAAGGCUCAGGGUUUCUGUGGAACCUGACUACAGACCCGCCAUCUCUCCUCCUGGCGGUGGCGGGAGGGGUGUACUCUGGCUGACCUUUGACCUGCCCCAUGGGGUAGGGUGGCCUGGGGCAGCGCAGUGACGUAGUUCACGUAGUUCAGUGACCUUCACGCAGUUCAGUGACCUCAGUGACCGUUGGGCCACAGUUCAGUGACUGUUGGGCGGUGGCCGCGGACAUGGUCACUUUUAGGGAGAAAUGUCCGAAAAACUAAGAAGAUGCAGAAAGGAGCUGACUGCAGCCAUUGACCGGGCCUUGGAAGGGGUCAGGCGUUCCCAGGAGCCCAGCCGGGCCCCCGGCAUCCUGCCCGGGCAUGCGCAGUUCUGCGGGGGCUGCGAGAGCCCGGCCUGUGCGCCUACCCCCACCCUAGUGAGCGCCAAGCCACACACUCUGUGCCCCUCGAGAAAACCUCUGAGCAGCAAGGAGAAUGUGCUGGCACACCCCUCCAUCUGGAGAGCUGCAGGAGACGGGGAGAACUGGAGGGGAAAAAGCUUAAGGAAAGAUACGGAGGGAGAUGUGAAAGUUGACUCAAACGUACUACUCAGCAGUUCUAGCCAAGAAGUCACGAAGGAUCUACUUGAUAUGAUUGACCAUACAAGCAUCCAAACUAUUGAAGAAUUGGCUGGAAAACUAGAAUUUGAAAAUGAAUUGAACCGUGUAUGUGGUUACUGCCAAGAUUCACCCUUCCAGGAGGAAGCGUGGGCCCUGCUUCUGGACGAGAGCCCUCUGAAGGCCUCAGGUACUGACCCUGGCAGCCUCAAGCAUGCUUUUGAUGAUCAGAGUAUCAUUGAGACUGUUCUGGACUUGGAAGAGGACUACAACCUAAUGACCUAUUUUAAAUAACAAAUUGAGUAAAGAAGAUUUUAGCUUUGGUUCUUCACAGCA